CUCGUGUAAUGUAAUGUAGGGAACAAAACAUUUUCAAUGAAAUCCGUAGAAUUUUAAGUUUUGAAUAAUGUCCAUGGCCCCCCUUCAGGAACCUCAUGCCACCCCUUCGCCACCCCAGGAAAAAAUCUCUAGAUCCGCCCCUGGAUGGGGCACGGGAGAAGCAGCCUGUCAGCGACCAUGCCUGCUAUCUGAAGACGCUUACUGAACUGUUAUGGUGCUGCGCAUCUGGCGUGCCCUGCGCGCGACCGCGUUGUGGCCCUCCCCCUCAGGUGGAGCACACCAAGCCGAUAGAACAGACCGUGUUUCCAGUGAACCACACAAUGCGUUACGAGUGUGAACAUGGUUUUAAGAGGAAAGCGGGAACAUCAAGCCUGAUCAAAUGCAAAACAACAGGCUGGGAAUCCAAACUCAAUCUGACUUGUAUCGAAUCCAGAAACGGAAGGUACCGAGCAGAGAGUAAAACGAAGAUUCCAAAUCGGGGAAAGCAGUGACAUCUGCAUAAGACUGCCCAAUGCAACAACCCUGGCGGGCCUUCCUUGUCUCCCCCUGGUGGCGGCUGUGCGCUUGUUUGUUCACAGUGUCUUCCUGUGUGGCACAGGUGACCCGACCAGGUGUGUCUGAUUGGCCAGGGAUUGAUGGGGCUAUGAAAGGCCCAUUCAUUCCGUACUUGUUGCUGCUCUCCUCCUCCCGGGAUUUUUUACCUAUUUUUUUUGUUUGUUUUAUAUCCCUAGACUGACUUUGCACCACAUGUUUGGUUGUCUGUCAUUACACUGACCUGCAGCACACUUUUGCAUUCUUUAUUCUUAUUUAUUAUUAUUAUUAUUAUUAUUAUUAUUAUUAUGCUUUAAUAAACUGACUUUAUUAUUAUUGAAA